AUGCCCCUGUUCGUGAGUCACGAGCCCACGAUAGAACACAAGCCAUUCUCCAAAGACAGGCUCGUUCUGUACCACUGGACUCAGUCCUUCAGCUCUCAAAAGGUGCGUCUGGUGAUCAAUGAGAAAGGGUUGCUGUGUGAAGAACGGGAUGUCAGUCUGCCUCUCACUGAGCACAAGGAGCCUUGGUUCAUGAGGCUCAACCUAGGGGAGGAAGUGCCGGUUUUCAUCCACGGAGACACGAUCGUCAGCGACUACAACCAAAUCAUUGAUUAUAUAGAGACCAACUUUAUUGGAGACACAGUAGCCCAGCUGAUUCCAGAUGAAGGAACUCCCAUGUAUGCAAGGGUACAGCAGUACCGAGAGCUGCUGGAUGGGCUGCCCAUGGAUGCUUACACACAUGGAUGCAUCCUGCACCCAGAACUCACAACCGACUCCAUGAUCCCAAAGUACGCCACUGCUGAAAUACGUAGACAUUUGGCCAAUGCGGCAUCUGAACUGAUGAAGUUGGACCACGAGGAACCCCAGCUGUCAGAACCAUACCUCUCCAAGCAGAAAAAGCUCAUGGCAAAGAUCUUGGACCAUGACAAUGUGAACUACCUGAAAAAAAUUCUUGGUGAGUUGGCAAUGGUGCUAGACCAAGUAGAGGCAGAGCUAGAAAAAAGAAAACUGGAAUAUCAAGGUCAAAAGUGUGAAUUAUGGCUUUGUGGACCUACUUUUACACUAGCUGAUAUUUGUCUUGGAGCCACAUUGCACAGGCUCAAGUUCUUGGGACUCUCAAGGAAAUACUGGGAGGAUGGGAGCCGGCCGAACCUGCAGUCGUUUUUUGAGCGGGUGCAGAAGCGCUACGCUUUCCGCAAGGUGUUGGGGGACAUCCACACGACCCUGCUCUCUGCAGUUCUACCCAAUGCAUUCCGAAUGGUAAAAAAGAAGCCGCCGUCCUUCUUUGGCGCGUCCUUCUUAAUGGGCUCUCUCGGGGGGAUGGGCUAUUUUGCCUAUUGGUUUUUAAAAAAGAAAUACAUGUAGUGAAUGUGCUCUCGUAGUGUUUUGUGUCUGUGUGACGUUUGAACUUUUUCAGUAACACUGUUUUACGAGAGCAGGAAAAACAAGACAAUAUACAGAGAUUAACACUGAAUAAUUAAAUAAAUAUAUAAUGAGAACAUUCCAAGACUAGGAAUUCUUCUUAAUAGCACCUUCUCUGGUAAUGAAUGCCUUCAUUACUUUUUUUUUUUUUUAUGAUUUACUGGUUUAUUUUAUUCAUAUUAUGCUUGCAUACAGCAUAAUUAUGUUGUGUUGUUCUGUCCACAUUAUAAACACUACACAUUCUGCCAUUUAGGACACCUGUAGGUUGAUUUGGUUAUAUGGUACAGCACAACGGCCAAGUAUAUUAUAAACAUAAAGCCCAAAAUAAUGUUUAAUUAAUCUACCCUGAAUUCUUAAGCAUUCAUAUUUUGUAUGGGUUUCCAAACACUUUGCACUUCUGCAAAAUGAUCAGCAUUUAGUCAUUCACUUUUUAGCACAGAUCACAGCUGAAACACUAUUCAUCAGCAGAAUGCAACACAUCGCUGUUAGCAUGACAAUUUUCUGGUCUGAAACGGUUUGCUUCUGCAUUUGGUGAGAGGAAUCAGUGCCAGCAAACAUUUAGGGGUCAU